AUUUCAAAGUAGUCUCCACAUGCUUCCGGUGUAAUUUCACCAUUGGGAGAAAAACCGGCGAAGUGGUGGCAUAUUGUUGAGUAUAUAGAAAAAAUGCCAAAAAAAGGAAAGAAAUCCAAAGAGGAAGAACUCUGGAAUGACGAAGAAGAGGAGAAGGCCUUGGAAGAGAAGAUGAAGAAACUGGCAACAGAAGAUGGUGCUGGGGGGAAGGAGAAGAAAAAGAAGAACAAGAAAUCUAAACUAGCUCAAUUAGCAGAGCUGAUGGCGGCAGAGGAUAACGAAGAAGAUGAAGAAGAUGAAAAAAUGGAACCAGUAAAACCAAAAGAUAAAGAGAAAGGUAAAGCCAAAGCUGAGAAGAAGGAGGAGGUCAAGUUUGAUUAUUAUCAAUCGGAGGAGGAAGCAGAAGAGAAUAAGGAGGAGGAAUCCGAGGAACCUGCAGUCCAAGAAAACAAACCAAAACUCAGUAAAAAGGAGCUCAAGAAACUAAAAAAACAGGCGGAGUAUCAGAAACAACUGGAAAGCAUGGAGGCUGGCGGCGUGGAAAACUUCACUGUGUCUCAGGCGGAAAAGUCCGCCAAAGCUACCGUUCUGGAUAGCCAGGACAUCAAAGUAGAGAACUUCUCAAUUGCUGCCAAGGGCAAGGAUCUGUUUGUGAAUGCCAGCUUGUACAUCACGGCGGGCAGGCGUUACGGACUUGUGGGGCCAAACGGGCACGGCAAGACCACACUGCUCAACCACAUGGCCAAGAAAAUUCUGAACAUUCCACAGGGCAUUGACAUCCUUCUUUGUGAACAAGAAAUAGUGGCUGACGAGACAAAGUCUAUUGAUUCCGUGCUGAAGGCGGACAAGGUCCGUACAGCUCUGCUGGAGGAAGAGAAGAAACUACUGGUGGAAGUCGAGAAAGGAAACACCAAGAUUAAUGAUCGACUCAAAGAGGUCUAUGAUGAAUUGCGAGCAAUUGGAGCCGACGCAGCUGAACCCAAGGCGAGGAGAAUCCUGGCUGGUCUGGGGUUUACGCUGGAGAUGAUGGAGCGCCCUACAAAGAACCUGUCUGGUGGGUGGAGGAUGAGGGUGUCUCUGGCCCGAGCCCUGUUCCUGGAGCCCACCCUCCUGAUGCUGGAUGAACCGACCAACCAUCUUGAUCUGAAUGCUGUCAUCUGGCUGGAUAACUACCUCCAGAUGUGGAAGAAGACCUUGCUAGUGGUUUCUCACGACCAGAGUUUCUUGGAUAAUGUUUGUACAGAUAUUAUUCAUCUGGAUCAGCAUAAGUUGUUCUACUAUCGUGGAAAUUAUGCCACAUUUAAGAAGAUGUUGAAGCAAAAAAGAAAAGAACAGGCCAAAGCGUACGAGAAACAGGAGAAGAUGUUGAGGGAAAUGAAAAUGUCUGGAAAGUCAACAAAAGUGGCUGAGGCAAAACAGAAAGAGGCUUUGACAAGAAAGCAGGAGAAGAAUAGGAACAAGAAAAUGCAGGCUGCUGUGGAGGAGGAGAGUAAGCCAACAGAAUUGCUGCAGAAACCAAGAGACUACAUCGUCAAAUUCCACUUCCCAAACCCAACCCCACUAAAUCCCCCUAUUCUAGGUCUUAAUAGCGUGAAUUUUGCUUAUGGCAAUAACCCCCCUCUGUUUGUGAAUUUGGAUUUUGGUAUAGACAUGAGUUCUAGAGUGGCUAUUGUGGGCCCAAAUGGUGUUGGUAAGUCAACAUUCUUAAAACUUCUCGUUGGGGACUUGGAGCCCCAGACAGGAGAAAUGAUAAAAAAUCACAGAUUGAGAAUUGGAAAGUAUGAUCAGCAUUCUGCUGACCAGCUAAACAUGGACGAAACACCAUGUGAAUAUCUACAAAGACUAUUCAAUAUGCCUUAUCAAGAUUCAAGAAAAAUGCUUGGAAAAUUCGGACUUGCUAGUCACGCCCAUACAAUAAAAAUUCGAGAUCUAUCAGGAGGACAAAAGUCUCGCGUUGCACUUGCAGAUCUGUCGUGUCGGGCAGCUGACGUGUUAAUUCUGGAUGAACCAACCAACAAUUUAGAUAUUGAGUCAAUUGACGCGCUGGCGGAGGCAAUAAAUGAGUUUGAGGGAGGAGUGAUCAUCGUCUCUCACGACGAACGUCUGAUCCGAGAGACAGACUGUCAGCUGUGGGUGGUGGAGAAUCGUUCCAUCAACGAGGUGGACGGAGACUUUGACGAUUACAGGCGAGAACUCUUGGAGUCUCUGGGAGAGGAAGUGGUGAUAGCGCAGCCCAACGAAAUAGACCAGUAAUACAGAUAGAGGGCGCUGUUAUUUAUGUCACGGGGAGCUAAACACCAUCGAUGGUUGUGUUUGCAUUUGAAACAUCUCUGAUCAUAUCUUUAGAUAUCAAAGAGUAAAACUAUCUCCUGAGCUCAGUACAUGUAUUAAGAUAUUUUGAAAAAUCAUGCGUCGUUUGGUUUAGCUAUGACAAAAUGUUUACAAAAUUUCGGUUGUCAAUUAUGAAAACUAAAAAAUACUGAACAUAUUUUCUGACUAGUUGACAGUAUGAAGCUUGUGGUUCUUACACAGACAAGUAUAAAGUUAGUAAGAUUUUCUCUUCUCUUUGAAAUACACAAAAGAUUUACUCAUUUUUGAACAGCAUGCAUUGUAGAGGAGACCAUUUCCAUAGCAGUUAAAAUAUAUCUUUGUUACGGUAUUAUGUUUAUCUUUAAAAAAGUUAUUCCACCCUUUCUAAAUGUUUUACUUUUAAAAUAAUAAUUUUUUUUCUAUGUAAUUUGAUUGUACAUGUAUUUAAUGUAUGUAUACUGUUUCUUAAUAUCUAAAAAAAAAUCAUUAUGAUGGGAAAUUAA